AUACAAUCACCUGGAAUCUCCGAUUGCAGGAGUUUUGAAGAGGCAGCUCACGACCACCCAACGAACCUCAUUCCAUUAAAGGCCCUGUGAAGCAGCAUGGGAUUUCAAAGGCGCUAAAUGAAUGAACGUUGUUGCUGAGGAACAGCAGCAGAACGUUGAGCGAGCAAGCCGUGACAAUUUUUCUCGUGUGCGAGCACCGACCUGUGAAGGGCAUGGACAGGGGAGCCGGAGUGGGAGUGUAUGAAACCAAAAGGAACAGUUGUUGAAAUAUAAACUUGUGCGGAUAGAGGGAGGUGUCAGUGUGAGAGUGAAUGGAUUGCAACGGGCGUGCUGGUAGAGGAAACAUCUUGGGUUUUUUUCGCACAGUAAGAUCCCACAGGCGAAAUCACUAACCAGUGUGUUCUGUGGUGAAGAAAGGCGUGAGGGGAGGAAAGGGGAAAGAAAGAGGGCGGGAAAGGCGGGAGGAGCCAGGCCGCCUCCUACUGACAGUGACUCGGGCACCGGAAGGGACUCUAAGCGGAGAGACGAUGACAGAAAACGGAGCCGGCGGAGGGGGCCUGCGCCUGGGCCGUAACGGGGAGCUGAGCUGCGGCCCGGAGCCAGGCGAGAGGCCGAGGCCCCGGCUCAAGAAGCCCGAGCUAGGCAACAGAGUCACGGUGGUGCUGGGCGCGCAGUGGGGCGACGAAGGCAAGGGCAAGGUGGUGGACCUGCUGGCACAGGAUGCCGACAUCGUGUGCCGCUGCCAGGGAGGAAACAAUGCUGGCCACACUGUCGUAGUCGAUUCAGUUGAAUAUGACUUUCACCUUUUACCCAGUGGAAUCAUCAACCCCAAUGUAAUUGCCUUCAUUGGUAAUGGAGUGGUCAUUCAUCUACCAGGUCUGUUUGAAGAAGCCGCAAAAAAUGAGAAGAAGGGAAAUGGUCUUCAAGAUUGGGAGAAUAGACUGAUCAUUUCAGACAGAGCUCAUAUUGUGUUUGAUUUCCACCAAGCUGCUGAUGGUGCUCAGGAGCAACAGAGGCAACAACAAGCAGGAAAAAACUUAGGCACCACAAAGAAGGGGAUCGGACCAGUGUAUUCUUCAAAAGCAUCUCGAAGUGGGCUUAGGAUAUGUGAUCUUCUGACUGAUUUUGAUUCCUUUUCAGAAAGGUUUAAAGUCUUGGCAAAUCAGCAUAUGUCAAUGUAUCCUAAUCUGGAAGUUGAUGUGGAAGGAGAACUGGAAAAGCUUCGGGGAUAUGUGGAGAGAAUCAAGCCUAUGGUAAGAGAUGGAGUCUACUUCAUGUAUGAAGCUUUACAUGGCCCAGAAAAGAAGAUCCUAGUCGAAGGAGCCAAUGCAGCAUUGUUGGAUAUUGAUUUUGGUACAUAUCCUUUUGUGACUUCAUCAAAUUGCACAGUGGGUGGUGUGUGCACAGGUCUGGGAAUCCCUCCUCAGAAUGUAGGAGAAGUAUACGGAGUGGUGAAAGCCUAUACAACAAGGGUUGGAAUUGGUGCCUUUCCAACGGAGCAAGAUAACGAUAUCGGUGAAUUACUACAGUCUCGAGGAUCAGAAGUAGGGGUCACCACAGGUCGACAGAGGAGAUGUGGCUGGCUGGAUCUAGUCUUGCUGAAAUAUGCUCACAUGAUCAAUGGAUUUACUGCUUUAGCACUAACCAAAUUGGACAUCCUGGAUGUAUUCGCAGAGAUUAAAAUCGGAGUGGCCUACAAGGUCGAUGAUAAAAUAAUACCUCAUUUUCCGGCUAACCAAGAGGUUCUGAACAAGGUAGAAGUUCAAUAUGUGUCUUUACCUGGCUGGAACACCAGCACAGCAAAAUCAAGAACGUUUGAAGAUCUGCCAGCAAAUGCACAGAACUAUGUGCGGUUCAUCGAAGGACAUCUUGGUGUGCCAGUUAAAUGGAUUGGAAUUGGCAAGUCAAGAGAAUCAAUGAUUCAGCUUUUUUAGAAUUGGUGUUGCCAAGAAGAGCCCCAGAGUUAACUUCAGCAAGUUGAUCUUUGGAAAUGUUACAUCUCCACAUACCAAAAUUAGUAUUCUUUUUAUCUGACAGAAAUGUAGGGAUGCAAAAGCUCUGUUUUUGGGUGGGGGAAGAAUGUAGGAGUUAUUUCAAAAAAUGAUGUGUUGAAACUCCGUUCACAAAAUGUACACUCUUUAUUUUGUUCAGGGAUGGUUUAGUAUGCUGCUGUCAACAAGUAUUAAGAUUUCAUUGCUCUGACAUUGUUGAGCUUCAAUAUAACCUACUGACACUUCUUUGAUUUUUAGAUGUACAUUGGUUUUUUAAAUCUAGCCAAAAUUGCUGAUUUAUAUUUUACUGAUAAGAGGUGAAUAAAACAAAAUGAAAGAUUAUUCCUUAUACUUUGGAAGAAUGCGAUUCUGGUUUCUCAGUGAGUCUGACUGACUUUUACCAUCCCAACUGCUAUAGUUGCCCUAUUGUUAGGGCAGAGCUUUGACUUUUUGCAGCGGGUAAUGGUGCAAAUAUUUUGGUACAGAUGACACAAAUUGCAAUAGUUUUAGAAUUCUAAGCAGCCCGUGUAAUUGGGAAUUAGAACAUCAAUGCAUGUGACCAGAGGGUUGAUCAUUUGUUUGUCACAGGUGUUUAUUUAGUUGAUUCUUCCUGAUGAUCAUAUUCUAGUAGUUUUUAGAAAUGAAAUCUAUUGCACCAAAUUUUGCUUCUCUACGAGGGUAACUAAGCCUCUUCAUCACCACUGUACAGUACUAACCAAGAAGGAAUUACAUGGUAGAUAUUAAAUUGGGAAUCUCCGGUGUGUCAUGCAUGGGAGGUUCAAGUGAAUUUUGUUUAUUGUGUGUUGCUGGCACCAGCAGCUAUGACAGAUUCAAACAGUGUGAAGAAUGAUUUUAUGUAAAAGGGAUUAAUAGAUGCAGCAUAAACUAUUUUAACAGUUCACUACCAGGAACAAUACAAUUUUUAUUAUUAAAAUUUUAAGUAACAAUGUACGAGAAGCUCCAAGAUUUAGAAAGGGUCGGGGUGGUGGGGCAAUUUCUAAAGAUACAAUAGCGAUGUAUCUGGGCACAGCCUUAAAAUUAGAGGGGGUAAAUUUAAAACUGAAAUGAGACGACAUUCCUUCAGCCAGAGAGUGGUGGGCUUGUGGAAUUCAUUGCCGCAGUGUGCAGUGGAGGCCGGGACGUUGGAUGCCUUCAAGGCAGAGAUCGACAAAUUCCUGAUCUCAGAAGAAAUCAAGGGUUACGGGGAGAGUGCAGGGAAGUGGUGUUGAAAUGCCCAUCAGCCAUGAUUUAAAUGGCGGAGUAGACUUGAUGGGCCAAAUGGCCUUACUUCCAUUCCUAUGUCUUAUGGUCUUAUGGAGAGAUAUCACCUCAAAUGAUGGUCUAUCUACUGUGUCCUGUACAGUAAUCACAUGCUUCUUUCACCCUAUAUUGGUUGAAGUUUCACUGAUGUCUAAGUCCUGUUAGGUGGUGAUGAGAAACUCCAUACACAGACAUAGUGACCAAUUUCUGAGCUGUAAAUUUUAGCAUUUUUAAACUCACAUGGAAAAAUGAAGUAAGAGGAGGGUGGAAGCAUGAUUUGAAAUUCAAUGUAGAGUUUAAUCAAGAGCUAGACAAAAAAAAAGUUGACAAUUCAAUGUUGUUGGUCACUUUUUAAUGUUUUAUCAUUUACCAUUUCUGAAGUAUGAUCCUUUUUUAAUGAACAAAUCCCUCAUAAAUGUUGAAUAUUUGAAUGUUUCAGGAGAGCCCCAAACUAAAGUGGACCUUUUUUUGCCCCUGCAGUCUAUAACUGAUUUGCUUUCCAGCCUUGUGCGGUUGUCCAAUUUGGAUCAUUAGCUCUUUUGGCUCCUGGUUUACUGUUGCCCUACAAUGGCUUAGAAUUGUUAAAAUUGGUAGAAUUUCACAACUAUUGUAUCUGUGCCAGCUCUUUGAAGGAGUUGGCCCCUUAGUCUAAUUCUCCUGCCUUUUCCCCAUAGCUUUUUAUAUUUUUAUUAAAUAUUUUUCCCAUCCUUUUUUAAAAGUUAUUUGAGGUUCAAAAUCAAGUAGAAUAUUUCAUGUCUUAAUAGGCUUGUUUUGUAUAGUUUUUAAAAUUACAUAAAAUUUUAACCUCUCCAAGCACUGGCAGUCACACAGGAGAACACUUCAGUACUUGUUCAUAAAAUAGACUAAGUACAUACCACCAUCCUUAUCUUGCAGCAUUCAACAAACUGGUAUUCUUCAGUGUCAGAGUAUUGGACCUGCAAGUGAUGGUUCAUUGACUUCUCCAGCCUUUGUAGCAUUUUUAAUAAUUUAAACUUUAUCCACUGAAACCGAGCACUUGUUGGUGUUCUUCAGAGACGAUGAUCUGGAGACUUCCAAUUUGACUUGUCCAGCAAGUUUGUUCUCAUCACAUUUUUUACACCAGAGAUCAAUGCAGAUUUGCACAGUUUCAUCGCUUCUUCAACUACUCUCUAAAGAUUUUGUUUUCCUAUGUUUCUGCCUAUUGAAUUGUUCUUUAAAAGAAUGUCAGUCACUUUGUACUGUAAAUUCGUAAUGUGGCUGGUGUGCAAAAUAUUUUCAUGGAGUUGGAGAGGACACAGUUACAGAGAGGAUUCAUGUAUAUUAUGCAUGGAUGAUUAACUUGUUUGUGUACAGGCUGUAAGUGUUUUACUUUGUAAAUUAUGCAACUCUUGACUUUUUAAACACGUAACUAUUCAAGUUCCAGGUGGGCUGGUAAACUUAUCUUCAGAAAAUAAAUUCUACAAUGUAACACCCUU